GGACCGCGAAAAUAAUCGCCAUUUUUAGGUUUUAGAGAGAGAAAGUGAGGGAGAUGAGAGGGCUCAACGAUGGCGGAGCUUCUCCUUCGACGGAUCCGGCGGCGUCUUCGUCCUAUGGAUCUCUCGCGAUAUUACAGAAUUACCCUCUGAUCUCAGCUUUCGCGGCCUUCGCCAUUGCUCAGCUCAUCAAGUUCUUCACUUCUUGGUACAAGGAAAAACGUUGGGAUGCAAAGCAACUUAUCGGAUCUGGUGGUAUGCCAUCAUCCCAUUCUGCGACAGUGACAGCGCUUGCUGUAUCCAUUGGGUUCCAAGAUGGCUUUGGUGGCUCAAUCUUUGCAACUUCAAUGAUAUUAGCAUGUGUUGUAAUGUAUGAUGCUUUUGGAGUUAGAUUACAUGCUGGAAGGCAGGCAGAGGUGUUAAAUCAAAUUGUAUAUGACCUUCCAGCAGAACAUCCUCUUGCUGACUCAAGACCACUGCAGGAACUUCUUGGUCAUACCCCUCCUCAGGUUAUUGCUGGCGCAAUUCUUGGGGCAGUGACAGCCUCCAUUGCACACUUGAUCGGCAAACUUUGAUUUGCACCCUUGAUGGAGGAAGGACAACAUUAUGGAUACAUCUUGAAUGCCAGUCUUUCGUCAAUCCAGAGCAGCGCCAAUGCAAAAUUGAGAUUCUU